AUGUCUCCGUUCAGCUCAACCAGCUCCCAGGCUAACCAGGGAAACAAUCCUGGAAAGCCCAAGAAAAAGAACAACAGGGGCAAGGGUAAGAACAAGCGUAACAAAAACAACGAUAACAAAGCAAGUAUGGACGAUAAGACUACUUCUCACAGCGAGGGUGGUUCCGACGUCCAGAACGCGAACUCAAACGUCUCUGCUCCCACCGGCGCGGAGAUAAAAGACACGGCUGAUAUCACUGGCGUCGUUGGAUCUGGUGUUGUUACUGAAAAGGCUCCACUCGUCAUCGACUCGGCCACCUGGUCGGGUUACAGCCCUCCCUCUCUUGCGAAAGGGCUGGACGCGGGUGUCGAAGUUCAAUGUGGCAACGCGUCAACCGAAAAAUCUUCCGAUUACGCUUCUGCUGGCGACGUCUCAGCUAGAGACAACGAGAAACCGAAGCUGUACUGGCCUCGUGCCGAUGCUGAUAGCAGUCGCACUUUCAGUUUCCCUACCAGAGAGGAGUCCGGUAUCAAAAUGCUUGGUCGUUCCCCAAAGGGCAAAAAACCAUCCCACCCUUCCGCUCAUCUCAAAAAUAACGAUCUCGAUAAAGACGAGAAGAAGCAGGCGAAGCCCAUUUCUACUGCUACAUCUAUUACCGAUGAUGGAAGUCCUGUCCGUCGGGGGCGCACUCGUAGUCUCGAAGACCUUAGAGAAGAGCGUAAUUGCUUAGCUUGGGUCGACUUUAGCGAGUAUAUCAGACCUCGUGAGACCGAAUCAGUUGACUCUGUGGGAGAGACGUCAACUACCACUAGAAGCACGGUAUCCCAGUCAACUCGUACCCUGUCUCCAAUUCAGGAAUUGGAUGACAGUUCCGAAAAAGAGGACAGCGGAAGCAGUAUCACUCAGACCAUCGAGAUUUCGGAUACGCAGUCUGACACCGACUCAGACAAAACUGCCACACCAACCACCGUGGAUAUUCGUCCCAUGGAAGAGAACGUGACUGAACACUGUCCGGACCUGCUCCGCGAAUAUCUUCUGGGUAUCUUCAAACUCGGACAUUUAACGGACUCCGAAAUCACUCUCAAGUCGUUUAACGACUCCUUUCCACCGAUCGUGUUUCAAACUCACAAGUUGAUCAUCGCGCGUAGCCCCUUGAUAAGUUGUAUUCUUAAUACAGAGGAGUUCCCUGAUGGAAGGCCCAAGGUCAACGCAACAGCCGGCCAAAGCUUCACUAUGAUAAAGGCUUUCGAAGUCGCCAUUCAGAGUCUGUAUGGUUUUCCCGUAUUGGACGGGGAACAGCUCCGACAGGCAACUCUAGAGGCCAUUGGGCACACAGAAAAAAGCGCUCGGAGAAAUCCGGACGUAAUUCAAAAGGCUUGCGUCGACUUCGCCAUGUGCUACGCAGCAUCCGGGGCAUUCUUUGGAAACUAUGAAGUUCUCGAAGCUGGAGUCCGUAUUGUUGAGGACCUCAUCGAUUGGGAGACUGUCGAGCUAGUGCUCCAAUUCGGAAUGACAGUGGAUAACUUCUUGGUUGCCCAUUUCGAUAAGAUACCGUUCCCAGAGGAAGUUGGGGAGGCAGAGCAGCAGAUAACCGUGGCUGCAAUCAAAGACCUUAGGGAGACCUGGGCGCCACGCCUCAUCUCUUCUGCUCUGGAAUGGCUGUGUAACUACCUUUACCCAGGAGUCAUGUUGCUUCCCAAGGCCCAAGUGACCUGUAUGAAUGACAGGAUACCGUAUCAUCUCCGCUAUCUUCAAGGGUCAGUCAUAGGGAAGCCAAACCUGGCCAGAGUGAUGUUUGGCUGGUCCCCGAACAACCGACAGAAACCAACCCGUGAGCUCGCCAUCAUGUCUGCAAUCCUCGUCAGUAUGCCCUUCGAAAAGCUCAAAGAAAUGUUCUCAAGGCUGGAGGCAAGAAACAUAUUGACGAUCAACUUGGCAAAUUGCAUCCUCGAAGAGCGUGAGUUGCGUCGUUUCCGCGCUCUCGAAGCGUAUGCAGAACAAAAAAAGCAAAGUCAAGAUGAGAAAGAGCAACCGGAGAUAAAAGAACUUGGAUACAAGGAGUUUUUGGUCUGCAACGAAGGCCUCACGGACGAUCAGGAUGGAGAUACUCCAAUCGAGGCGACCGUUGAGAGAGUCUGGGUUGGACUGGAGCUGAAGGCAUAUUUCAGAUCAACCCAGCCGAUGGGAAGACAUAACCGGGCUACAUCUCACCGUCGUUCUUGA